AUGUGGUUACUGCGAUCCCUUGGGGAGCGUAUGAACGCCACACGUACUGUCAAAGAAUUCUGGAUAAGAGUGCUGGAAGGUCUGAAUCACAACGAAUACGACGUACCCUUUGCGCUUCUAUAUACCGUUACCGAGGCAGACGAUAUUGAGAAUGGUUCCUCGCAUUCAGAUGCAACGCCAACGUCUGUCAAGUCAUGCGUGUUCGAAGGAUCUAUCGGCGUGCCGAGAGGGCAUGCAGUGUCUCCCGACAAAUUCAGCUUCAAGAACUACGAUGGUAUCUUGACACCUGCUUUUCGAGCAGCUACGCAGACCCUGGAGCCCAGAAUGUUGAGCAUCAAAGACCAUACGCUUCCACAGCCACUGUUAGACAUCAUCGAAUGGCGCGGCUACAAGGAUCCUUGUAGAGAGGCGAUAGUUCUACCUCUACGACCAACCAAUGCAGACAACGUGUGUGCCUUGUUACUAAUAGGCAUCAAUCCGCGAAGGGCUUAUGAUCAUGAGUACAGGUCUUUCAUCGCCAUGCUCAAUAGACAGAUCGCCACGUCAUUGGCGUCAGUACUACUUUUCGAAGGUGAAGUGCGGCAAAGCAAAGAAGUCGCUGAGAUGGCUACCCUACAAAGAGAACAGAUGUCUCGACAGCUCCAACUUCAGACCGGACGAAUGCGCCGAAUGACCGAACUAUCGCCCAUGGGCAUGUACCUAUUCAAUCCGGAUGGACUUUUACUGGAGGCGAACGAGAAAUACUACGAGAUGACAGGUGUCUCACCUACAGGAACCAAACUGCCUUGGACUAUUGAGAUGAUGGUGGGUGAGAGCAAGCAAGUGGCACAAGACAUGUGGAACUCAAGUCGUGAGCUACAAUUUGCCAAUUCGACAUUCCAGCCCCGAGAUAUCGACGGUUCACUAAUCGAGUAUUGGGUCCUCUCUGCUAGUCAGCCAGAGCUAAGCCCCGAUGGUGAGCUGAUCAGCAUCAUGGGCUCGCUCACGGACAUUUCGCAUUUGAAGUGGGCGCAGGGUCUGCAAGAACGAAGACUACGGGAGGCAGAAGAGGCGAAGCGUCAACAAAACGAAUUCAUCGACAUCACGUUCCGUCCUGAAGUACAAGCCAGGAACAUCGACUUCAAGUUCGUUCCGCAUCAGAGUAUCCGAGACCUCGAAAUUGACUGGGUCAUUCUUGAUCCAAGUCGACUCCUUCAAAUCAUCGUCAACCUUAUUACCAAUGCCAUCAAGUUCACUAUGGACGCACCAGUUCGCUCGAUCACAGUUCAUGUCUGUGCUCAUGCGGAAUCGCCAGACUUUGGCGUACCAGAAGGAUUCCAAUUUGUUCCGCCAAGACAAAUCGUGAGCGAAUUCGGAAACGGCGAGGGUUGGGGCUCAGGCUCGUUCGUCUACCUUCGGUUCAAUGUCCAGGACACUGGAUGCGGUUUGUCGCCUCAGCAGAUAUCGCUGCUAUUUGAGAAGUUUGCGCAAGCUGCUGACAGAGUUAUCAACGUGAAGUCUCCACGGACGCAUAUGCAGUACGGCGGUAGCGGUCUCGGGCUCUUUAUCUCACGCCAACUUGCUGAGCUUCACGGCGGUCAAAUCGGCGUCUCGUCGCAAGCUGGCGUCGGCAGUACUUUCGGGUUCUACUUGAAAUGCAAACGCAUGAUUGCAAAAAAGCCUACGAUCUCAACAGAUACAGUGAAGCACGCUCUAGACGCCGAACACGCGGCAUCUUCGCGCAAAAUCAGCGCCGCAGCUGCGAACCAGAACUCCACCGCGCCCGCUGCCACGCCUAAGGAAGUUGAGACCCCGGUACAAGCACAGAUUCCCCGGCCCACAAACGACAAGAAAGACGAAGAAGAAGAUGACCGACUUCACGUUCUUGUCGUCGAAGACAAUCUAGUCAACCAAAAGGUACUAGUGAAACAGCUCACAAAAACUGGCUGUGUCACACAUACCGCCGAUAACGGCGUCUGGGCAUUGAAGCACCUCACGAAAACGAAAUUCUGCGUUGCUAAUGGCAUGCCACUCACCAUCAUCCUCAUGGACUGCGAGAUGCCGGAGAUGGACGGCCUCACCUGCUGCAGGAAGAUACGAGAGAUGGAGGAACGGAAAGAGAUUACGAAGCAUGUGCCAAUCAUCGCGGUCACCGCGAACAUUCGGGGAGGACAGAUGGAUGACGCAAAGGAAGCGGGUAUGGAUGAUGUUGUUGGGAAGCCGUUCAGGAUUCCGGAUCUCUUGGCGAAGAUGAAGGCCUUGUUGAAGAAGCUGGAGGACUAG